AUGUCACAGCUUCCGAGCUGGUCGUUUCUUGGAUGGCAAGUAGGCGCUGGUUUUACAGAUGAUUGCGAAUUUGAAGCUUCUUUGUGGAAGAGAGAUGAAUAUAUAAAAGGUGUUCAUAAACCUCUUACCACAUGGUACACAAUGACCACAUGGUACACAAUGGACCAGCCAAAAUCAAUAAAUAGACGAAAAAUUGCGUCGACUUGGUACAAGUACAAAGUUCUAGCCGAAGACAUCACACAAACGCCUCCCAACGGAUGGAUGCGCACUCGAUUUGGCUGGGAUUUUGGUAACCCUGCGCAUCUAAACACAUUUGCGUAUUCGGGUGACGGGCAAGAAUAUGCCUAUUGGCAUUCAAACUCUCCUGACAGAUGGUACAAAUAUCUAGUUCCGACGCAAUUCCUUUACUGUCAAACCUCGCGAACAUUCAUACAUGGGGUUCCAGAUAUUUCCACGAAAGCAGAAAAGCGGUCUUCAUCUUCGCCUGAACUCAAAGACAAUGAAAAUUUCACAAACGUCAAGCUUCAAGAUUCGAGCGGAGAAGUUGUCGGUUUCCUAACACUCAUGUGUGAAAGUGAUAGAGCUCAUUUUACGCAAAACGCCACGACUGGGACUCUCGUUGAACUUGUUGCUAUUUCUCAAGGAUGGUUUGGCGUCAACACGAAGAGUGACGAGGAGGAGAAAGAAGUCAAAGAUUGGGGUCCUGACCACACGACGCGUCAAGAUUGUUAUCAUGUGUUAUGGGUGGAGUGGGAAAAUGGUAUUGCGUAUCGAAGGGGUAAUGGGUGCGUGGUGAAGGAAGUGUGGGAAAGGGAAAGGGAAAGGGAAAGGGAAAGGGAAAGGGAAAGGGAAAGGGAAAGGGAAAGGGAAAGGGAAAGGGGGAGAGAGGAAAAAUUGCUGGAUUUAGUGUUGGGGUGA